AUGCAGCGAUGGCCAGAACUUCCGGAAGGCUUACAACUGGAUGCGCGCAAGGUUCUCGCCUAUGAGGCGGACGAAUAUAAUCUCUUGCAAGAGAACGUCAUCCGAUUCUACAUGACGAUGUUCAAUAUGGCUCCCGUUCGCACCGAUCCUCAUGUCAAAACCAUCGUUGACGGCUUCCUGCCUCGGCGUGAUGUCCUGGUCUCGUCCUUGAUAAUGUGCGCUGUCCAGCCCGACGAACGUCACGCCGUCAUGGCGAGCUGUGGCGUUAACAAUGCGGACAACCUCGGCAUGCUCUUCAAGAUUUGUCGUGCGACUCCGAAAUGUGCCCGCCAUCUCAAGCGGCUCCGAGCGCAAAUGACGACGGCCAAUAUGGCGCAAUGCCAUGAGGAUGUCGCUGCGCUUCGCCCGCGCCCCAUACUCGGUGGUGCGGCCUAUUUGCGCUCUGACAGCCCCGAGUCUGAGGUGACGAUGCCACCGACGAGCCCCAUGGUUGACACCAGCUUGCCGCCGAGUUCUCCCAUCACAUCACUGGCCUUGCGUCACUGUGGGCGUCCUCCGUUGGACUCUGGCAAUGUCUCGGUGCUUGUGGUGUGCAAGGGAUCAGACAUUCCUCUCGUUAUUCCAGCACGGGGAAUACUUCGCCACGAUUACCUCGAAUUCACCUUCAAGCAGAGUUUUAUCGAGACCAUGCUCGUCGAUGACCACACCGACAAGCAGUACUUGCUACCCGGGGACAUCCCCAUCUACCACGAGAAGGGGAGCACGUGGCGUCCGACCGAAGCUCAGAUCUCUAACAUACAGGCUGCGGUGAGCACGCGUCUCCCUGCGCUCCUGGCUACCAUGGACACGUUCGCGAAGAGCAAUCCCAACACUCCAUCAUCCUCUUCAUCCGGCUCUCGGUAUAUCCCCUCAACUCCUUCGACCAGCGGGAACUCCAAGGCCGGGAGUAGCCUGAGCUCCAGCACGCGCGUGGGCAAGUGCGCGUUAUCACCGAACAUGGAGAUGGAGGGGAGGAGAUCGAAACAGAUGGACAACGGCAAGGUGUGUGAGGUGACAGACUACGAUAUAGAGCUGACGGAUGAUGAGGUGGAGGCGGAGAUUGUGCCUAACGAUGACAUUUCGGGUGAGGUCAUCGAGAUUGUCGAAGGCAAAGAGAUCCACUACAUAAUGUAG